ACAGAUAUGAGUUACCGUCUUCUCUCGCGCCAGCCCUCGGAAGAGAAGUCACCAGAACCCGAAACCGGCCACCAAAUGGAUAAUCACUCUACCUUCAUUGCCCAUUUCCUUCUGCAUCCUACCACCAAGGUCACGAUUCUCUUGAUCAUUCUGAUUCUGAGCUUGCUAAAUUUGCCUCUUACAAUGAUACAACUUGAUUCCAGGUCGUGUGUAGCCACGCAUAACACUGAGGACACAUUCGCCACGACAUUCACUCAAGAUAAAGCGUUUCAGUCACUUGAUCAUUCUUAUGAUCAGCUAUGGGCAGACUUAUCACUGAACAAGUCAACGGGUGGCCUAAUAUAUAUCUCAGAGGAUGGAAACAAGGAGAAGCAAGGAGGUAUCAGUAUGUUCCAUCAACUACACUGCCUCACAGCGAUCCGCAAAGCCCUUCAAUCUGCGAGUGAGGGUAAAGCUAUAGGUAUGGAUUGGCAUGACGAUGGUCACUGGCCACACUGUAUGGAUUACUUGGUCAAGGUAGCUACGCCCAAUCAGUUCUCUUCCUUACUGCCUUCUUCGAGCCGCUAA